AUGUCGUCAUUGCGCCGCACGAUGGCUCUCACGCGGUAUCAUCUGCACAAGCGAACUUGUGUCGGAAUUGUGCCACUCCUGUGUGCCUUCCUGUUUGGCGUGCUGCUUACGGCACUGUUUGCCAACACCAAUCCUGCCUGCACACCGAUGGGCCGGGUGUACGAUCCGGAGAAUUCCUACUUCCUUAUGCUGCUCAUCAUGACGGCGCCGGAAAACUUUGAACGGCGGACGACGAUCCGCGAAACGUACCUGAACCUUCGGCCUCGUAUGAUCAACGAAAGCUACCAGGAGGAGCUAAUACACAUUCCACCAUUUAACGACCGGGGCCAAAUCAUACUCGAAUCGAUCGACACGCAACGUCAGCUGCUGAAAAACUAUCGAGCGUGGCUUCAAAAACCGAUCAAAAACAUUAAGGUUAUUAACUUCAAAAUCAAACCACUGUUUGCAAUCGGCAUGCACGAUCAGCCGAAAAACAUACGGCGAAAAAUCUACGAGGAGCAGCGCGUAUUUGGUGACAUUCUCGAGCUAGAAGAGUUGCAAGAUUCGUACGCGAACUUAACGAGCAAGCUGCUGCACAGUAUGCAGAAAAUCGACGCCAAGUAUGACUUCCGGUAUCUGGCCAAGCUGGAUGACGAUACGUACGUAAAGCUGGACGUGCUGGCAGAAGAUUUGUUGAGUUACUACGAAAAAUUGCACCAAGUGCAGAAGCAGCAACAGAAAAACAACAAAGGCCCAAUGGAGCUGUACUGGGGUUAUUUCCGUGGUGCUGCUACGAUUCAAAAGCAAGGGGCGUGGCAAGAGAAAGAUUAUUUUCUGUGCGAUCGGUACGGACCGUACGCACUGGGUGGGGGUUAUGUUCUAUCGAAGGGAUUGGUAUCAUACAUCGCUACCUAUGCCGACCAGCUGACGAUGUACAAGAGCGAGGACAUUGCGGUCGGUACGUGGUUGGCACCGUUCCGCAACAUCCACCGCCGGCAUGAUGUUCGAUUUGACACCGCAUGGAAACCGCGGGCCUGUCAGGCCUAUCAUAUGCUGCUGCACAAACGUACCGCACGGCAUAUGCGAGACAUCUAUGCGGGAGAAAUGUGUACGCACGAGGAAGAUCAACAGCCAUCCGGUGGAGGAACACUACCGAAGGAGUAUUUUUACGACUGGACGCAGCCACCGAGCUUGUGCUGCAAAACGGCAGUAUAA